AUGGAGACAAACUACACUUCAGAGUUUGAGGAACUAUUUGCAAACCUCUCUAAACUCAUAAAGGUCAAGAUUAUGAAUGAGACCAAAAGGCUAUCUGGUGAUUCUGAAGAGUGCAGAGCCUCCUCACAUCUGUGCUUCAGUGAGGAAGCCACCAUCGUGAGCGAGAACGUGAUGCUGGGGUUUGACUUGAAGGAGCAAUGCACUCAGAAGGCUGCGAAGGACUAUGCCCAGUUCUACUUUGUGGAUGAGCUGGAUGGGAAGCUGGCCUGUGUGACCAAAUGCACCUCGGGGACGAAGUUGCAACUGAACUGUAAUGAGGGAGAAUGCCAGCUGCAACGCAGUGGCCCCCGCUGCCUAUGCCCAACCUCGGACACACACUGGUACUGGGGAGAGACAUGUGCAUUGAGCACCAGCAAGAGCCUGGUGUACGGGAGUGUGGGGGCCGUGGGAGCACUGCUGGUGGUCAUGGUGGUGAUCCUGACUGUCUUCCUUGGCCGAUCCCAGAGAAAACUGCACAGGCAAGAAUACAAUUUGUGGCACGGAGAAGAUCUUCCUGGCGGCUUCCAGAACACAGGCAUCUGGGAAGAUGAGAAUCUGAAGGAAGACAGAUUCGCCCUUGAAAACAUCUACAGCCAUUUCCAGCCCUCUCUGGAGAACGUUGACCCUACUACAGAGCUCCACAUCCAGAGGCCCAGGGUCCUGACAACUGCUCAGUGAGUGACACAAGAGGCUCCCACCGCUCAUCCAGAUUUGGACAAGACAGCAGAUAGAGCCCACGACAGCGCUACUCCCCACCUCCCCUGUUGGUCCAAAGGAAACUGACAUCGGGGCCUGAGGUGGCCCGGCUCAGAGCUGGUGGGCUUGGUCUGGGCCCUGCUGUGAGCCCCCCUCUGCUUUUUCACACUCCGUCCAGGAGUCCAAGGGCUGCCCAGACACCCCGACAUCAUUGUUUGCUCCAGAGACGCCCCACUCUGGAAUUCCCCCUCCCCCCAAUAAAAGAGCUAGGCUUAAAGUAGA